AUGCUGGCGCUGCCGUGCGCGGUAUCAAAGGCACGCGUGGCUGCCGCCGCCAGCAUCCCCCUGGGGACAGGCAUCCUGCUGGGCGCCUCGCUCUUCUGCCUGGUGGCGCUGCUCACCUUUGUGUCGUGUACCAUCAUCGUGAGGUACGCCGCGGCCGCCAACGUCUGCUCCUAUGGCGAGCUGGUGACGCAGAAGUUUGGGCGCAGGGGCAGCAUCCUGCUGCAGUGCGCCAUCACCGUGCACGUCUCCGGGGUCAUGGUUGGGUACAACGUGAUCAUUGCCGACAUGCUGGUGGGGUCUGCGCCCAACUUCACCGGCAUGCUGCCCACGGUGCUCAACCGGCACGACAACCCUUGGUGGCUGGCGCGCCCCGCUGUGCUGGCAUACCUUAUGGUGGGCGUGGUGUGCCCCACCCUCAUCCCGCGCUCCCUGCGCGCCGUCGCCCGCUUCUCCAGCUUCUCCGUCUGCAUGCUGUUUGUGCUGGCAACAGCCAUCGCGGGGCUGGCGGCGGCGGCGGUGGCGGAGGGGCGCGUGGCGCCCGGCGUGCACCUGCUGCCAGCCGCCGCCGCGCUGGGCCCCUCGCCCUUCCAGAUGCUCAAUAACAUCCUCACCGUCAUCUCAGUGAGCGCUCUGGCCUUCACCUGCCAAUUCAACCUGCUGCCCAUCAAGCACUCGCUGCGGGGACCCAGCCCCAACGGCAUGCUGCGGGUGCUGUUGCUGGGCCUGGCGCUUUGCGCCCCCCUUUAUGCAACUGUGGCCAUCAAGGGGGAGCACCCGGGGUUGGGCCAAGGGGCCAAGGGGGAAAGGGCCGGGCAGUUGGGACGGUGCCUGCCUGGGGCGGCAUACCCCUGGUGGUGGGGGGGCCUGGCUUGGGGCUACGCGCUGUUUGGGCAGGGGGUGGAGGGCGAUGUGCUCAAGGACCUGACGGUCAGAUUUGUGUCGGGGCUGGUGCCCCGCACCACGGCGCUGCUGGUGGUGUAUGGCGUGGCACUCUCCUACACACUGUGCCUGCUGGCCAACUUUGUGCUCAAGGUGUGGGCGGUGCGGGAGGCGGUGGUGGAGAUGGUGGUGCAGCGCCCCGCCGCCCACCUGCCGCCGGGACCCUUCUACGCCAUCACCGCCGCCCUGGUGGCCCUCGCCUACUUCAUCUCGGUGCUGGUCCCCUCCAUCUAUGGCCUGCUGGCGCUGGUGGGCGCCACCGCCACCGUCGUCUUCUCCUACCUCUUCCCCUCCCUGCUGGUGCUCAAGGGCGGCUCCACCGGCGCGCAGCGCGCGGGGGCGGGCGCCCUGCUGGCGCUGGGUGCCGCCAUGUCGCUGACUGCCGUCUAUGACCACCUCACGGGCCAGGGGCUGGAGUAG